GCUGUCAUCUCUGUCAUGAUUGGGAGUGUGACGGACUCCCUGCUGCCCAGCGAGAACUUCCUGGAGUUCAUCAACGGCACCAACAUCACCAUGGUCAAUGAGGAACGGCGCGAUGCCGCGAGGGUGGAGCUGGUGGCCACCAUCACCGUCCUGUCAGGCAUCUUCCAGGUGGCCCUGGGCCUCCUGCAGUUUGGCUUUGUGGUGACCUACCUCUCAGACCCGCUGGUGCGCAGUUACACCACUGCUGCCUCUGUGCACGUCCUCGUCUCACAGCUCAAGAAUGUCUUUGGGGUCUCCCUGGGCGAGUACUCGGGGCCACUCUCCCUGUUCAAGACCUUUAUCGAGAUCUGCCAGAAGCUGCCAGAGACCAACGUGGGCACCUUGGUGACGGCCAUCAUUGCCAUGGUGGCCAUCUACAUUGUGAAAGAGCUCAACCACAAGUUUGCCAAGAAGCUGCCCAUGCCCAUCCCCAUCGAGCUUAUCACGAUCAUCAUCUCCACUGGCAUCUCCUACGGCGUCAACCUGAACGCCAAGUUUGGCAUCUCUGUGGUGGGCAACAUCCCCAGCGGGUUGAAGCCGCCCGUGGUCCCUAACGUCAGCUACUUUGGGCAGGUCGUGGGCAAUGCCUUCGCCAUUGCCGUGGUGGGCUAUGCCAUCUGCAUCUCCCUGGGCAAGAUCUUUGCCCUGAAGCAUGGCUACAAAGUGGACAGCAACCAGGAGCUGAUCGCACUGGGCCUCUGCAACUUCCUGGGAGGCUUCUUCCAGUGUUUCGCCAUCAGCUGCUCCAUGUCGCGGAGCCUGGUGCAGGAGAGCACAGGAGGCAACAGCCAGGUAGCCGGUGUCAUCGCAUCCCUGGUCAUCCUGGUGACUAUCCUGAAGAUCGGAGAGCUCUUCCGGGACCUGCCCAAGGCCAUCUUGGCUGCCAUCAUCAUCGUCAACCUCAAGGGCAUGUUCAAGCAGUUUGACGACCUCCGCACGCUCUGGAAGUCCAACCGGGUGGACCUGAUGGGCUGGAUUGUCACGUUUGUGGCCCACCUCCCCCUGAACCUGGGGAAGGGGAGCAGGGGGCUCCAUUCCUGGGGCAGUACCCUCCCCAUCUGCCCCCAGGCACAGGAGGUCCCCGGCGUGAAGAUCUUCCGCUCCUCCUCUACCCUCUAUUUUGCCAAUGUGGAGCUGUAUGCUGAGGCCCUGAAGAAGAAGAGCGGCAUCAAUGUGGACCGCCUGAUCGAGAAGAAAAAGAAGGCCCUCAAGAAGCUGAAGAAACAGCAGAAGAAAGCGGAGAAGGAGAAGGCAAAGAGGAAAAAGGUGCUUCCCUGCU